UGCCUUGGAAAGCUUACACGAUUUAGUCAAUCGAAGCUAAGCAUUUAGCAGAUCCGCAAAGCUGAUCCAAAGAGUGAGCAAUAGCAGAGAUGCCUAAGGCAGAAUGGGGCAAAAUUGCCUUUGUUCCUACAGGACAGAGAGGACUCGUGCAAACGGCUUGAGAUGUGCGUAGGAUAUCUGCUUAUCAACUGGAGCGAGCCUGAAACAGCACGAUUCCGCCAACAACUAACACGCAACUUGUGCGAAUAAGAUGGAGCGCUGAGGAAACGCGAAUCAGAAAGGCGUGCGUUACAGACGGGGAUGUGUUACAUGUGUGCUUCUCGUGAAGACCACAUGGGGUAGAGGUAUCUGGAAGUUGCAGCGCUGCAAACGGGGAGCAUCACUGUAGGAGGCUCGAGAAGCGCAUCACACUGUCCCGCGUUUAGAUGAUGGACGGAUUUCUGACAGAGCGCUAGAAAAUUACCGUGGACCGCAUUGGAGACCUUCUGCAGCAUAAGAAACAAUUGUAAUGGAUUUUUCCCUAAAAAGAACAUCAAAUGUAUGCAGUUUUAUGAAGUAAGCGGCUCAUUCGCUCGGAAGGAAUGAACAUCGCUCUGGAUUACAUGUCUUGUUAUGAUGUACAAAACUGCGUAUAUACAUUCACUCAAGCAAGCAGGUAUUUGAAAAUUUGCCACUGAAAUAAACGACCGUGAAUUUUCGUUUGGAGGUGAGGACUAGUAUAACAACUCAAAUGGAGUUGCCGCUGGUGGUUUUUACGGUAGUGUGUUGGGUCUCCGUAUGGUCGGACGACCGGAUCAUCUCAGACAGACACGCGGUCUACUGGAACAGUUCAAACUCCAGGUUCUGGCAGGGUGAAUAUACGGUGGCCGUGAGCAUCAAUGACUAUCUGGACGUGUACUGUCCGUACUAUGAGACGCCCCAGCCUCACAGUCACAUGGAGCGCUACAUCCUUUUCAUGGUCAACCAUGAUGGUUACCUCACCUGUGAGCACCGCAUGAGGGGCUUCAAGCGGUGGGAAUGUAACCGGCCCCAGAGUCCUGACGGACCCCUGCGCUUCUCUGAGAAGUUUCAGCUCUUCACCCCCUUCUCGCUUGGUUUUGAGUUCCGACCUGGACACGAGUACUAUUAUAUAUCCUCUCCUCAUCCUAACCACGCUGGCAAGCCGUGUUUAAAGUUGAAGGUGUACGUGAAGCCUACAAGUUCGGGCUAUGAGUCUCCAGAGCCAUUCCUGACUGAUCAGAGCCAGCGCUGCAGGGCAGACGGCCCGUGCCUAGCUGUGCUGCUGUUGCUGCUGGCCUUUCUGCUGGCCCGCGUUUAAGAAGCUCCGCCGCUGCCCAGACUGCCUACCGCUCUCCCUGCAUCCAUACUCCCUCAGGGAAGCCCUCUCAUCCAGACCUCCGGCUGCAGUCGGAUUCACGCGUCUUCUUUUUUACCGAACGAGCUCCUCGCCACUGAUCCGAGGACAAGAGACGUUCGCCCUGCUUUAGCGGCUGAUGUAAAGCUGAACACCUGGAGUCUGUCGUGGAAUGUGACCUUUUAUAUAUGCUGUCAUGUAAUCGAGGCUUGUAUUCAUGUGCCAUUUAGUCACGUUUCAGGGCGUCGCAGUUUACAGACAAGAUUUCAGACACUUAUUUGGAUAGCUAUAAUCCCCCCCCCCCACAUCGUCUUUACACCAUACUCAGCCCUGAAAUAAAGAGGAUUUUCUCCUCCUAAUAAUAACAAAUGACACCAAAGGACUCUCUUCAGAGGUUUAGUUUUAUUUUCCGUUUGAAGGGAGAGAAGAAAUGUGUUUUGUGGUAGCCAGCAGCUAGGGACUUAGUGUUAGACAUUCACAUGCAUGUGAAACACUGUGAAACAAAGAACUGAUCUUACAAUAGUAAUGAUAUAUUUUUAUUAGCCAAAACAAAACAAACGUAGACCUUCUAGCCACUCUUCUGGUGUAAGGCUCAGCUGGUGGAGUUUGGAUCAGAUGCAGCCAAAUGUCAGUGCUCACUGCUGGCCCUCGCCUCCAAACUGUGUGUCUGCUGGUGGGACAAGGACUCCGAAUC